AUGCUGUCGCCGGGCCCCGCUUCCUCCGCUCUGGCGGGCAGGAGGAGCGGGAGGAGGAGCUGCACCGUGGAGGAGCUGCGAGGCCGGCGGAGGGAGCGCGAAGCCGCCCUGAGGAGCGCCCGGAGACUGCAGCAGCUAGUCAGUAAACGGCUGUUACCGGAAGACACGUUGGUAGAUGAAGGAAGCAUUGGAACAGACAGCAAUACAACAGCUCCUGUUUCUGAGCAAGAGGUUUCAGAGCUUCUGAGAAGCACCCACAAGGGAACGGAAGAGAGGAUAAAAUCCCUGCGUUGCCUUCGAUUGGGGCUACGGCACAAAGAGACCCAGCAGAAAUUCAUCAGGUUGGAAGGCAGCAUGCGGAUGCUGGUUGGCCUCUUCACUAGCAAUCUGGCAGAUCUGCAGAUGGAGGCAGCUCGGUGUUUACAUGAACUGUCACACUCCCAAGAUCCUGAAGUUGUGGAGGCCUGUUUACCAGCCACCUCCUACCUUCUGACCUACCUCUCUGGACAUAGCACCGCCCUCACGGAGCUGUGUCUGUACACGUUGGGGAACUUGGCGGUCGAGCCGAAGGUUGUAAAGAAGCAGCUUCUGCCCCAGGGCAUUAUUCCAGUGUUGGCAUCUUGUACGCAGUCCCCUCACCUGGCAGUGCAGGAAGGUGUGGGCUAUGCCCUAUCGCAGCUCUUGCAGUCAAAGGAAGCCGCAGAAGAAAUCAUCCCUUUGGUCCUAGAUGCUGGCCUCUCCCAACAUAUCCUUCGCUUAGUUUGCUCCAGCCUGGAGCAGGGAAUGGGUGUUGCAGUGGAAUUUGCAUGGUGCCUGCACUACAUUGUUUGCAGCCGGGUGAACAACUCACUGCUGAUCUCCCAGAGGGCCCUGCCGACUCUCGUGCAGCUGUUGCUGGCGCUGGCUUCCACGGUGACGCCAUCUUCUGCCGAGGGUCUGGAACUGCUGGUCUGUCCUGUGGUGCGGUGCGUUAGCAACCUCCUUGCUGAAGAUGACACCUGUAGUGGUGAACGCCAGGCACAAGCGGAGUGCCUCCUGAGGGCUGUGUUUGUCUUCAUCAGGACCUUCGUGGCCAAGCACCUCUUCAUGGUGCUGGAGUGUUUAUGGCUGCUUAAUAACCUCACAGCUGACGACCCCACAUUGUGUUAUGUUCUGCUGAGCCUGGACCUCUUUCCAUCUCUACUGCAGCUCUUACAUUGCCAGAAAGCAAGCGUGCCGGUUCUAACGGUGUUGUGCAACAUUGCUGCCAAGGGCCCUGCUCACUGCCAGGCCCUGCACCAGAAGGCCGGGCUUCCUUCUCUGCUUGGCGCCCUCGCUCUUUCUGAUGACCAAGCAGCGGAUCAAGCUCUGGAACUGGCACACCUCAUCUUCCUACACUGGCCAGAGGCUGCCCUUGACUUUGUGGAUCAGUCUGGACUACAGGCUCUAGCGCGACAUUGGGAUAACCCACAGUUGCAAGAGAAGGUUGAGGCGCUCAUGAGAAUUGCCAGCCAGCUGGUAGCUGCCUCGGACUGUCCACUUGAGGUUUCAGCUGAGCUGUAG